AUGAACAGCCAAAUUGCUCGUAUCAACAAGAAAAACAACGUGACCGAGACUCUCCUGAAGACCCUUGUGAGAAAAUUGGAGCGCAAAAACGCCCACCAAGGAAAGAUCAUUACAUUUCAAACUGAUCCAUAUUUAUAUGACCGAUUUCAAAAACCACGUCGUACGUCUACAAGGAGAAUAAUGGGCCCGUCCCACAGUCUGUCAAAAAAGCCUCAGCCGCUCAUUUUUAUUACCGAGGGCAUUUAUCGAAGCGCGAGAAAUGCAUUCCUCGUGCGCCAGGAAUUGAAAAAAUGUGCGAUUGAUGGAAAACCCCGUGAAGUAAGAGUAGAAUGGAGAUUAUUACAAAAGAGUAGAAUGGAGAUUAUUGAUACAAUUUAA